GAGUAGGGCGCGUAGCUUAUACCGGUUCCCCGAUCGCGAAGAAAAACAGACGCGGGGGAAACUGACGAUUGUUCGGCCAGGGAAAGUAACGUGAUUAGUAUCUUUGUGAAACAGACGUGCUCGUAAAAAAAAAAAAGAAAUUAAAGAGAUUCUUCUUUUCGCAUGCGACAAAGUUUGCGAAAAUUCUCGAGUCGAAUCGAGCGCAAAUUUUUCGCUAUUUUGAAAUCCCACGACGCGAUUUAGUGGAAAUCGAGUGAGAUUAAUUCGAUUAAUUCGUUUCGACACAAAAGUUUGGCGGAAACGGACAAGACGAGCGGGUGUAAACUCUACUCGGAUCUCAAUUUCGCGGACCUCAAUUUCCUGUAAAUAGGCUGUGUACGCAAUGGGCUCGAAGGACGAGUGGGACUAUUCUAUUCAGAAUGGACCCAGCACGUGGGUGACAAAAUUUCCCAUGGCUGCCGGCUCUAGGCAAAGCCCGGUGAAUAUCGAAACGAAAAGGGCGGAAUCCGAUCACGAGGCUCUAAGCAGCAAACCGCUGCGUUGGAAGUAUCCGGCUACAGCUUCCCGAAAAUUGGUCAAUCCUGGCUAUUGUUGGCGGGUGGAUACUGCGGGCGAAGGCACAUUUUUGAGCGGUGGACCGUUGAUGGAUGACGUCUACAAAUUGGAGCAGUAUCACUGUCACUGGGGAUGCAGCGAUUCCAGGGGAUCCGAACAUACGGUGGACGGACAAGCUUUCGCCGGGGAGCUGCAUCUGGUGCACUGGAACACCAGCAAAUACAAGACUUUUGGUGAAGCUGCGAAAGCUUCCGAUGGUCUAGCAGUUCUGGGGGUCUUUCUUAAGGUCGGCAAAACCCAUGAGGAAAUGGACAAGAUCGCGCGCCUGCUACCAUAUGUCUCGCACAAGGACGAGGUCUUGGAAAUUACGGAACCUAUUGACCCUGGUAAACUUCUUCCCGACGAUAACGGCUACUGGACGUACUUGGGCUCGCUGACGACGCCGCCGUGUAACGAGAGCGUCACUUGGAUCCUCUUCAAAAAGUACAUCGAGGUGUCCCAUCAUCAAUUGAACAUUUUCCGCAAUCUGCGAAAGUUUCCUCGCGGCGAGGAGUGUCCGUGUCACGAGAAUCACGGAGCGGUGAUCAACAAUUUCCGUCCACCGAUGCCCCUGGGAAAUCGCGUCCUGCGGGAGUGUGGUAGCUUCUAAGGUUUGUCUGUCUGUUUCUCUGUCUUUUUUUCUCUUUAUCUGGGAAAAGAGAAAGCAGGAUGAUCCAUCGAGCUCCUCUUCGUUUCUUGCGGAUCAUCCGACCCCGAAACGAUGAUUAAUACUAGUCGUCAUCGAAUGACAGCGUUCAACGUGCCUUUGGAUUAAUUAACGAAUAUAUACUCGCGUUUUACGAUUCGCGAGUUUUCCCCAGCUUUUGUUGUUUCCUCGUAAUUCAGUUGCAUCGCACGCAUAAUCCAUUCAAUUUUAUGUUGAGAAACGAAUUUUCACGGUGAGAAGAAAAUUCUACUGUCAUUCUACAGAAAUAAAUUAAAAAUAUCUGAUAGAGCUCUUUAGCUCUCCUACGGCGAUGUAUAUCCUAUAUUAUUCGACGUGAUAAGUUGUAGCUCGUAGAAUGUAGAACGUCAUUAUCGAACAUAUCUUGAAACUUUGUACAGUGUACUCGUAAAACAGAAGCACUGUUUAUAUACGAAAAUUGCAUCAUGAUCUUCUUUGUUGAAAUGUCAAACAUUGGUGUCCAUGUUUUAGAAGAUAUCUUGUAUAGACAUAUGUUACAUUGCUGGGCCUAUCGAGAUACUAUAUUUUAAAUAUAAAUUAUUUCUGAUCAACCGGAUAUUUCUUGACGGAAAUGCGAGGCAUCAACAAAAUGUAUUUUCAAAAAAGAUAAAUUCGUUACACAGGUAA